CUGAUGGCGGCGGCAGCCGCCACCCCCGGGACUGUGCUCUCCCCGCGGCUGUGCGACAGCGACCCGGCUACGCCCGGAGGCCAGUCCCCGAAGGAUGAUACUGAAGAAAAUUCCAAUGAUGGCACCCAGCCAUCCAAAAGGAGGCGAAUGGGCUCAGGAGACAGCUCUCGGAGUUGUGAAACUUCAAGUCAGGACCUUGGCUUUAGCUACUUUCCAGCAGAAAAUCUCAUAGAAUACAAAUGGCCACCUGAUGAAACAGGAGAAUACUAUAUGCUUCAGGAACAAGUCAGUGAAUACUUGGGUGUGACCUCCUUUAAACGCAAAUAUCCAGAUUUAGAGCGACGAGAUUUGUCUCACAAGGAGAAGCUCUACCUUAGAGAGUUAAAUGUCAUCACAGAGACUCAAUGCACUCUAGGUCUCACAGCAUUACGUAGUGAUGAAGUAAUUGAUCUGAUGAUAAAAGAAUACCCUGCUAAACAUGCAGAAUAUUCCGUUAUUCUUCAAGAAAAAGAGCGUCAGCGAAUAACAGAUCAUUAUAAAGAAUACUCUCAAAUGCAGCAACAAAACACUCAGAAGGUGGAAGCCAGUAAAGUGCCGGAAUACAUCAAGAAAGCUGCCAAGAAAGCUGCUGAAUUUAACAGCAAUUUAAACCGAGAACGGAUGGAAGAAAGAAGAGCUUAUUUUGAUUUACAGACACAUGUUAUCCAGGUGCCUCAAGGAAAAUACAAAGUGUUGCCUACAGAGCGAACAAAGGUUAGUUCGUAUCCAGUGGCCCUUAUCCCAGGACAGUUCCAGGAAUAUUACAAAAGGUACUCACCAGAUGAGCUGCGUUACUUGCCAUUAAACACAGCACUCUAUGAACCCCCUCUGGAUCCUGAGCUGCCUGCUUUAGACAGUGAUGGAGAUUCAGAUGAUGCCGAAGAUGGUCGAGGCGAUGAAAAACGAAAAAACAAAGGCACUUCAGACAGUUCCUCUGGCAAUGUAUCCGAAGGUGAAAGCCCUACUGACAACCAGGAGGAUUCUUUUCAGGGAAGACAGAAAACAAGAGAUAAAACUGCUACGCCAAGAAAAGAGGGCUCCAAACGUUCUGUACUAUCCAAGUCAGUUCCUGGGUACAAGCCAAAGGUCAUUCCAAAUGCUAUGUGUGGGAUUUGUCUGAAGGGUAAGGAGUCCAACAAGAAAGGAAAGGCUGAAUCACUUAUACACUGCUCCCAAUGUGAUAAUAGUGGCCACCCUUCUUGCCUGGACAUGACCAUGGAGCUUGUUUCUAUAAUUAAGACCUACCCGUGGCAGUGUAUGGAAUGUAAAACAUGCAUUAUCUGUGGACAGCCCCACCAUGAAGAAGAAAUGAUGUUCUGUGAUGUAUGUGACAGAGGUUAUCACACUUUUUGUGUGGGGCUCGGUGCUAUUCCAUCAGGUCGCUGGAUUUGUGAUUGUUGUCAAAGAGCUCCCCCAACACCCAGGAGAGGGGGCAGAAGGGGAAAAACCAGCAAGGAGGGAUAAAAUUACAAUUUUUACCCUGAUGCUGUUAUUUGCAUUGUGAAAAUUUUGGUGCCAAUCAGUUUACCACUUUGUGAAACACACUUCCUCAUAUUGUUGUCAAUAAAGCAUUUUUCAGUUUUUAACUAUGUA